UGUGCUUGUUUUUGGUCAACAGAGGGGGCUGCUCGCUAUUGUAACUUCAGUUACUCUUCUGCUAAUGACUUGCUCACGCUAGUUUUAGAGAAACGUCUGGGGGAAACUCGACAUCUGGUCAUCUUAUUUGAGAGAAGCCCAAAUGUGUGCAACAAUGGGGAAAGAAAUACAGAGACAAAUACACCCUUCUCCAGCAAUCAAUAGAAAGGUUUGUUGACGAAAGGUAGAGGUGAAAAGAGGCAUGCGUUUGGAAACUGAUGACGGCCAGGAGGGAGCUGUCAGCAUGGAGAAGAGAAAAUGAUAUUAUUAAAAAUAAUAUCAGAGUAUUACGGAGAGUGUGACGUUGAUACUCGAAACGAAGUCGUGGAGCGCAUCGGAUACCUAACAAGAGUUCAGAUUUUCAGCGCGUCCCACAGAUUGCACAGCCUGUCGUUGAGUGAUGAAGUAAACAAGAAGAUAUUUGGGAAGUGCAACAAUCCCAACGGCCAUGGACACAACUACAAAGUGGAGGUGACCGUACGGGGAAAGAUCGAUCGUCACACAGGCAUGGUGAUGAACAUUACAGACCUGAAGCAGCACGUUGAGGAUGUUGUCAUGAUCCCUUUGGACCAUAAAAACCUUGAUAAGGACGUCCCCUAUUUUUCUGAUGUUGUCAGCACAACGGAGAAUGUGGCUGUGUAUAUCUGGGACAACAUGGUCAAGAGGCUACCUGCUGAUCUACUCUACGAGGUUAAGAUCCACGAGACUGAUAAGAAUGUUAUUGUAUAUCGAGGAGAAUAGCCAACUGCCGUCAGUGCUUUUUAAUUACAGUAGUCUGAUCAUUACUAGUAAUAUACAGUUUGGUGUUAUGGCGGUGGAUUGUUACAUCUCACACAGGCAUACACUACACACAUUGCUUUUAGAUGUACUUUGUUUUUAGAUGCAUUGUACAGUUUUUGGACUCCUGCGAUGUAUCAAUGUGUCAGUGAUUUGUUCUAUUGUGUUAUCUGUGGACCAUAGAAAGAGUAGCAGCUUUGUCAUUAGGAGCUCAUGAGUAUGCAGAUGUAUAACAGACUAACCUAUUCAAUAAGAGUGUUACUAUUGUGCUCUUUUUGUAGGUGUAAGUGUUGCAAAAACAACUUUGUUAUAAUAAAUGGAAAGUUGGUAUUUAAA